AUGGGUAUUAGACAAAAGUUACACUCAGGGAAUGAAAUUAGAGCCUGGGAAGAUAUUUGGAUACCAACGGUUCCAGCGAGACCAGCAAAAUCGAAAGCCGCGGCUAUGCACCCUAUGAUGCCAGUAUCAGCAUUUAUAACAGGAUAUUGGGUAGCGAUGAACUUGCUGAGAGAGGGAACACCGGAACUGCCAGAGCUAAGUAUCACAAAGCUUCAAGCCUUUGCUUGGAAGCUAAAGACUCCUCCGAAAAUCAAACACUUCAUUUGGCAAGCUAUAUCUGGACAAUUAGCAACUUGGGCACAUAUGACAACUCCAACCCCACCAAUGUUGUUUCCUAGCUAUAGUCAUUUUACAAAUAUGGAUUAUCUCUUCUGGAGAAAGAAUGAUAUUGAAGACCCAACACUGGAUAAAGAUCCAUACCCUUGGAUUCUAUGGUACAUAUGGAAAGGAAGGAACGAUAAGCUAUUCAGAGGAGUACACAGCAACCCUUUGGAAACUGUCUGA